AUGCCUUCUAAGGACUUUACGCUAACCAAAAACCCUCCCUAUGACUUGACUGAUAUUCCACCUCUCGUCAUCGGCGGAGCCGUGUUCAAUACCCAGUACUCCGAGGAUCCAGAAAGCAUGCCCAUCAGGGACAUUUUGAGAGUGGCGUUUUCCAAAGGCCUCGUUGCACUUGACACCUCUCCAUACUACGGAAAAUCCGAGGAAUUGAUUGGUAAUGCGUUGAGCCAAAUCAGCGACGAGUGGCCCCGUGAAAAGUACUUCAUCUGCACAAAAGCAGGCCGCAUCAGAUUGAACGAUUUCGACUACUCGCGAGACCUGGUGCGCAAGUCCGUUCUUAGGUCCUUGCAGAGAUUGAGAACAUCGUACUUGGACUUGGUGUAUUUGCACGACAUCGAGUUUGUCUCCGAGCAACAGACGUAUGAAGCGUUGAAAGAACUUGUGGCCUUAAAGAAAGAAGGCGUGAUUCGAAAUUUCGGUGUCACGGGCUACCCUGUGGAUUACUUGUUGAAAAUUGCCAUGGGAAGCAAAAACGAAUACGCAGGUGAAAUCGGGCCCCUCGAUGCCAUACUCUCGUAUUCCAAUGGGUGUCUUCAAAAUACGAAAUUGUUUGAGGCGCACGACAGGUUCAUGAUGGAAGCAGGCGUCAGAAAAGUGUUCAACGGCUCAAUUCUAAGCAUGUCUCUUCUUCGGUCUGGAAAGACGCACGACUUCCAUCCAGCGCCACUGGCCUUAAAAGGUACAUGUGACCAGAUUUCCCAAAGGCUUUUGGAGCAGGAUCAAGUGGAGCUUGCCGAGUUGGCCACCAAAUACGCCAUUGAGAAAAGUUUGUUUACGUCUAAAACUGACGAAGAGAACAGGUUGGUUUGGAACAAAGCUUGUUCUGUUGUCUUGGGCGUAUCCAGUGUGGAGGAGUUGACGUCUGCAAUCCAGGGCUACGAACACGUGCAGGCCAACAACAACUCGAAUGACCACCAGUUGUAUGAGAGGGUGCAAAGGGAAUUGGGGCCCGAGCACUUAAAUGAGACGUGGCCAAGCGGAAUUGACCAUUGA